AUGGAGAAAUUACAAGCAACUUCAUUUUCCCUCCUCUCAUGUGUCCUUCUCUUGUUUUUGAGUUCAGUCUCAGCAAUCACAGAUGAUCCUCAGGAUAAACAGGUGUAUGUUGUCUACAUGGGUUCACUUCCGUCUCGACCAGACUACUCACCAAUGUCGAAUCACAUAAGUAUUAUUCAAGAAAUCACCGGAGAAAGUUUGAUCGAAGGUCGAUUGGUGAGAAGUUACAAGAGGAGUUUCAACGGGUUCGCGGCCCGACUCACUGAGUCAGAACGUGAACGAGUAGCCGAAAUGGAGGGAGUUGUUUCUGUGUUCCCGAACAUAAACUACGAACUCCAAACGACGGCGUCUUGGGACUUCAUGGGGUUAAAGGAAGGAAAGAGUACAAAGCGAAACUUGGCCGUAGAGAGUGAUACUAUUGUCGGAGUCUUUGACGGUGGGAUCUCGCCGGAAUCCGAAAGCUUCUCCGACAAAGGCUUUGGUCCUCCUCCUAAAAAAUGGAAAGGUGUUUGCUCCGGCGGCGCAAAUUUCACAUGCAACAACAAGUUGAUUGGAGCAAGAGACUACACAAAAGAAGGCACUAGGGACAGCGUAGGCCACGGUACGCACACAGCGUCCAUUGCGGCUGGAAACGCAGUGGAGAACACAAGCUUCUUCGGAGUCGGCUAUGGAACGGUAAGAGGCGGUGUUCCCGCCGCAAGAAUCGCCGCUUACAAAAUAUGUGGCUUCGCAGGAUGUAGCUCGGCAUCUAUGAUGGCUGCCUUUGAUGACGCGAUUGCAGACGGUGUCGACAUCAUCACUAUCUCUGUAGGGUAUUAUUUUACGCGUGAUAUCGACCAAGACUCAACGGCGAUCGGGGCUUUUCACGCUAUGGUAAAUGGGAUUCUCACUAUGCAAGGAGGAGGUAAUUUUGGUCCGAAGCCAACAACAGUGACGAGCGUAGCGCCUUGGAUCUUCACCGUUGCAGCCAGCACCACGAACCGUGAGUUUGCCACCAAAGUUGUUCUUGGAAGCGGAAAGACACUUGUCGGGAGGUCAGUGAAUGGUUUCGAUCUGAAAGAAAAGCCACUUGUAUACGAAAACGUUUUUAAAUGUAGGGAGAAGUCUCUGAUGAAGGAUAAGAUCGUGGCGUGCAAUUAUGGGAAUGACUCGGAAGUAGCAGCUUCUGGAUACAUAUUUACACAAGAAAAAGACUAUGCCUCCGUUAGCCCUUAUCCUCUCUCUUAUCUUUCACCGCAUGACUUUGACUCUCUCAUCUCUUACGUUAACUCCACAAAGUCACCGCAAGCGACUAUUCUAAAAAGUGAAGCAAUCUUCCAUCAGAGAGCUCCUAAAGUUACUUCCUUCUCUUCUCGCGGUCCAAACUUUAUUGUUGCUGAUAUUCUUAAGCCGGAUAUAACAGCACCAGGAAUAGAGAUCCUCGCCGCUUAUUCACCUUUGGCUUCAACGUCUAAUACAAAUAAAGACACAAGACGUGUGAACUAUUCUGUUCUCUCUGGAACUUCAAUGUCUUGUCCACACGUCGCAGGCGUGGCAGCUUACGUCAAGACGUUUCAUCCCGAAUGGUCUCCUUCCAUGAUCAAAUCUGCCAUCAUGACAACCGCUUGGCCGAUGAAUGCUACUACAACUGGUUUUACCUCGACGGAGUUUGCUUAUGGGGCUGGACAUGUCGACCCAGUAUCCGCUCUAAAUCCUGGACUUGUCUAUAAAACGGAGAAAGCAGAUCUUAUCGCCUUUCUUUGUGGCUUGAACUACACUUUGAAAACGGUUAAACUCAUUUCCGGUGAAGCCGUCACUUGCACUGAGAAGACUUUACCAAGGAACCUCAACUAUCCUUCAUUGUCGGCUAAACUUUCGGAAUCUAAUGGCUCAUUCACUGUGACUUUUAACAGAACCGUCACCAACGUCGGUAUCCCCAACUCUACAUACAAAUCAAAGGUGGUCUUGAAUCAUGAAUCCAAGCUUAAAGUCACGGUCUCGCCUAGUGCACUGUCUUUUAAAACGGUGAACGAGAAACAAUCUUUUGUGGUGACUGUUUCAGGCAACGAUCUUGACCCAAAACUGCCUUCGUCUGCACAUCUAAUAUGGUAUGAUGGUACACAUAACGUGAGAAGCCCCAUUGUAAUUUAUGCUCAAGAUCAAAUGUGA